AUGAAUCUCUUAUCACUUCUUCUUUCUCUUUUUCUGUCACUAAACCUCUCCUCCGCUCAACUCCGCCGUAAUUUUUACGCCGGAAGUUUCCCCAACGUCGAACAAAUAGUCAGAAACGCCCUUGGACAAAAAAUCCAACAAUCUUCCAUCACUGUUCCCGUCGUUCUCCGUCUCUACUUCCAUGAUUGUUUCGUCAAUGGUUGUGAUGCAUCGGUGAUGAUAGAGUCUACUAAAUAUAAUAAAGCGGAGAAGGAUCAUCCUGACAAUCUAUCAUUAUCAGGAGAUGGAUUUGACGCCAUCGUUAAAGCCAAACAAGCUCUUGACGCCGUUCCAAAUUGUCGUAACAAAGUUUCUUGCGCCGAUAUUAUCACGAUAGCCACGCGUGACGUUGUUAAUAUUGUUGGUGGACCAUGGUACGACGUGGAAUUGGGGAGGUUGGAUGGUCUAUCCUCGACUGCGGCUAGUGUCGAGGGAAUGCUACCACAACCAACCGACGAUGUUAACAAACUCACUUCACAUUUUGCCAAAAACGGGCUUAGUCUUGACGAUAUGUUUGCUCUAUCCGCUAAGAUUCUGUCCUUUGAUUGA